CAGAGAAGGAAAACUUCAUAGAAAUGGCGGAGGGUGCAACGAGUCUCAAAGGCUUGCGAGCCCAAAUGGCUGCAGCUGCACAGGCACAAGCAGAGGAGCGGCGCAGCCUGUCAGGAAACAGUCCAGGACCUACAACCAAUGCACCAGCUAAACCUCAGGCGUGUAAGCCAGUCAUUGACGGUGCCUCACUUAGAAUAGACGACCGACUGCGAGUAGCAAAAGAGAGGCGAGAGGAGGCAGAGAGACAACAGGCAUUACGUGAGUCACAGAUCAUGGAGCGGGAGCGCAAGUCCAAACUGCAAGUGGAGCGUCAGAUGGAGGAACGUCAGAAAAAGGUUGAGGAACAGCGAAGGAAGGAGGAACAGAAGCGAGUGGCUGUAGAGGAGAAGAGGAAGCAGAAACAGGAAGAGGAAAAGGAGCACUACGAGGCAGUGAUGCGGCGAACACUGGAGCGUAGCCAGCGAGUGGAGCAGAGACAAAAGAGAUGGUCGUGGGGAGGACUGUCCACAGACUCAGAUGGACGAACAGGAGACUCUGAUGCCAGCGCCUCAUCUCCAGUAGCUAUAGUUAUCUCCCCUGCCUCACCAGAAAAGCCACCAAGGAGUCGACAAGUGGACAAGCGUUCCACAUCCACCAUGAACCUGAAACAGCCGUCCGAGGCUGGCAUCAAUAAACGCCUAUCCUCUUCCUCUGCCACCCUCAUCAAAUCUCCUGACAAAAGUGUUAAGCCAAGGAGUUCGUCUUGUAACCGGUUGCCUAGCAAUGGCAAUGCUGCUCAGGCCACUAAGGAAGACGGCAAAAAACUUCAGGUGGAACAGACAGGCCGUUCCAUGAAGAAGAGAAGUUCCUCCCUCACACGAGUAAGUGUGGGCAGAGCACAGACGCCUGCCAAGCCUGAUAAGGGGACAACGGAUGAUCAAGCUCGCAGGCCACCGGGCGGCAUUGUGGACGGAGGGGUCCUUAGUCGCCUGCUCACUCCCACCCAGGCCUCACUAGCUAGGAGCAAGAGCGCCGCCGCCCUUUCCAGUGAAGGAACAGAUGCUCCAGCCUCUGCCAGCCCCCUGCACCCGCCACGCGGACCCGUGCGCAGCCGCAGCAUCGACAGACAGAAGAGCGGCAUGACCACAUCUGUCUCAGCCAAUGGAGCCCUGGACUCUUCACUGAAGGACAAGCCGUCGACACCGCCUGGUGGGCAACGUCCCUCCUCCCCAUCCACCAGCCUGGGACGCCAUCGCUCACCAUCCCCAGCCCCCAAUCCAUCUCCAAAGAGGACUCCCUCCCCAGGAGCAGCAAAGCAAAGUUCCAAGACACGCCCACCCUCACCUGGUGCAAUGAAACAACGUCCCCCAUCACCCCAGCCAAUGUCUUCCAAACCGCCACCCAUCCAGAAACCAGCUCUCACCCCAACAGGGCCACCCAUGUUGCGAAAGAGAGACUCCAAGACUAAGGAUGGGUUGUCUCUCCAGGGUGUAGGUUCGCAGUCCUCUGAUUCUAGCAAGACCAAAGACAAAGAUGACUCGAAGGGUGCGACAGGCACCAGUUCGGCUGCUGAGGCGGCCAAGAUCCUGGCUGAGAACCGCAGGCUGAUGCGGGAGCAGAAGGAGAAAGAAGAGCAACUCAGGAAAGAGAAGGAGGAAGAAGAGAAACUGAGAAAAGAAGAGGAGCAGCGUUUAGCGGAGGAGGCUCGACUGAUACGCCUGGAGGAAGAGAAAAAGCUUGCAGAGGAGAGGAAAAUUAAAGAAGAAGAAGAUGCUGUUAAAGCAGAGGAAGACCGAGUAAGGCUGGCAGAAGAGGAGGCACUGAAGCAGGCUGAACUCCAGAAGGAACGAGAGGAGGCGGAGGCCAAGGCUGCAGAGGAGGCAGAAAGAGUCCGUCAGGAGCGAGACCGCAUCAUGCAGCAGAACCAGCAAGAACGUAUGGAGAGGAAGAAGAGAAUUGAAGAAAUAAUGAAGAGAACUAGAAAAGGGGAACAGGGUGACAAGAGAGAGGACGAUAAAUGCAUGCAGGAGAAUGAAGAUGAGGAAGUGGACGAGAUAAACUGUGAAAGCAAGGCCGAGAUGCUUGAGAUGGCCGACUACGCCACAGAGGCUGACAGAGAUGAUUGUGGUUUGUCCUCCGGCGAGCCAGUGCCACAACGAGAAGAGCCCCUCGGCAGCGUGAAUGGAAAAGCAGAGACGGACGACAAGGAGAAUAAAAAUGGCAUGAGCACAGAUGAGACUCAGGCUGUUAGCCCACUACCUAAGGGCCGUCUUGUGGAGGGUUCAGAGUUCACGAACGAGCAGGACUCUGCCAUGGUAGUCUCAAGCCUCAAUGGUAAGUCCAACCAGUGGAGCUUCGAGGAACUCAUUGACCUCAAUGUACACUCAAAGACCCGGCCCCUUAUCGAGGCAGAGGACUGCAACCAGGUAUUGAUUAACUGUGAUGGCUCAGAUGGGACCAGGGUAGCCUUUGAAGACAAGGGAACCCCAGUCAACACCCUGCAUUCCUCAAAUCAACCUAUAGAAACCCUGUCAGAGAUUUGAUGCUGCAGCCGUCGCUGAGAAGUCUCUCUUCUUGUUGCACUCCUAAAGUUCCUGUCCAGCUAAGGUCCUUAAAAAGUUCUCUACCAGUUCCAAACAGCUUCCUCGUCUUUCUCCUCCACCUAUUCCUGAGGGAGGAGCACAAGGUGAAGCGGAAAGACCACCCUAAGUGCUAAAUUUGCACCCUAUAUGAUGAGGAAAAGAUUUUAUGAUUAGUCUAUAUAAGAAAAGAUGUUACGCUUCAGGGAAAUUCCAUAUAUUCCUUCAAUGUGCUUGCUUCAGGUCUCUUUCCUCUUCCUCUUGUGUCUAGUUCUUUAGUUGUUGUUUUUUUUUCUAUGUCAUGUCCAAUUUCAGUGAUGUUUUUUAAGAGUUUUGUGUUUGUCAGGGGUGCAUUGUUGUAAUUUAUUAAUUUUGGCUUCUUUGUUAUUGUAAUUAUUGUUAUCAUAUGUUUAGGUUUUUUUCCUCUUAUAACAAAAUAUUCCAGGACAUAUGCACAACAAGCUGUGACCUGAAUAUGAGGUUAAUAUCUGGAGUUUAUGGAAGGGGUGGGGGGGGGUAACAUCCCAGAUUUAGCAUGUGAUUCAUCUAAAUUAACUUGACUGGCUGCUUUUUGCAGCAUCCAGCAAUAUGGCCUUAACUUCCAAUUUAUAAGUGUGAAUGUACUAAAUUGCUCACACAUGCACAGUUUAGCAGUCUCCUGUCAUGUGCUUACAGUUGGGGAAUCUGUAUUCAUGCUUCACUUCACAUAACUGUCCUUUCAAGCCCAUUUUGCUCAUGCGCAUCACAUUGUGUUUCCUUCCUUGGCCACUAGAGGGCUUUACAAGCACAACUCUUCCUGUUCUAUCUAAAACUGAAAAGUGCUGGGAUUCAUGACAACACUGUAAUGAAUUCAUAUGUUCAGUGAAGUUUAAGCAGUUUGUUAAUUUUAGGACUCAUGGUUCAUUAAGGUUUUGUCAUUUUUUACAUAUGUAAAUAGAUUCUACUACUAACAACAUUGUUGUAAUUUACACCAGAUUCUAGGUUGCAUCCAGUUAAAGAUGAGAUCUGUUCCACACAACUGAUUAACCAUACCUGUAACAUACUAAUAUAAUUAAUUCAUAGCUGCUUCUGAGCUUCUUAUGUUACUGAACUAAAAUGUUGAGCAGUUCUGUCAUGAUGCCCAGAAAUUCACCCUUGUUAAAAUUAGAAAUCAGGUUUUGAAGAAUCUGGUUUUAAGUCAAGCUUUUACUGACACAUGGAUCCAUCUUUCUGUCUGUGUCGCUCUUUUAUUAAUUACCCACUACCCUUUUCUAAAAUUCCCAACAUACUAGCUGCUACAUCUGAAAAAAUGCAUUUCAACUAUUUUUUAUAAUAUAAAAUCUGGCUGUUUGUUUAUAUAUGAAAAUACAUUUCUACAUAUAUUUAAGUGUUAUUGUAUUGUGUAUAUAAUCAGUAUUAGGCAAACAAAGCCAUGUUUAGGAUGGGAUGACGUCAAGAUGUGGAUAAUUGAAGUCUCUGUGUUUGUGACUGUGCUAUAAGUUAGCUUUCUGUUCGACUCGUGCCCUGCGACAGGGUAGUCAGGUUAGGUUUGGGCAGCCUCGAAACCCAACAUUUACAGAAAGCCUCUUCCACAAGAGCUCUACUAAACAAGGGGCCCAGUGGGGACCCACUCUAUGUUUCCCAGCACUCAAUGUGUGUAUUUGUGUGUACGUUUAUUAAGAGCUUUCAUCUAUUACUUCCCUGAGCGUCGGUUCUUACUUCAUACUGCCUCACAGAGACUAAACUAGCUAACAUUUAGAUGGAGAGUGGAUCUGUUGGAGCCAUCGGCAACGUGACUGACCCAUGAUAAGGGUCGUUGCUAUGCCUCACUACGAUGCUUUAAAUGUCAUCUGAACAUUUGUAUAGGAUUUGAGGUGCUGUUGGACAGUUACAGUAGACACACCAGCACAGUUUGCAGCUAUUCUGCUUUGUAAUAGGAGUCAGUGGACAUCCAGCAGUAUGAGCUGAGACAGCAACAAAAUAUGACAUGGCUCAGAUUGGUUUGCAUAUUGUUUUAUCUGUUCUGGGUUUUCCAUGAGCUGUAUUGAAAUUUUGAAAUUUCCUAUGCUUGAAUAGUCCAAGCAAGAGGUUUGGGAACGUUGAUUUUUGCCUUGUUCUUUGCUGGCUUUCACACCCUCUUACUAACUAGAAUGGCGUUGUACAUAAAGACUAGGGCUUUAGAUCUUUGCUUUGAUUAAUAAGCUCAAAGAAUGUAACAGACUCAAUAAACCGUCCUUCAUUAUUUACCACGUCUACUCAGAGCUGCCCGCUUUUAGCUUUCAUACAUUAUUCAUCCAGGAAACAUGAGACACUUUGCACUGUCACAAAUGACUUGCUAUGUUUAAAGACUUGCUAAUGGUUACUGAGGAGUAGCUUUACUGUACAGACUCGUAGGAGAGUUGUGUGAUGUCUUGAUGUUUUAGAAGUGUCACUCAUUACCCAGAACUUGCCUAUACCCAAACGUUUUUUACUCCCUAACUCUUGGAGGCUUGUUGAGUAGAGGGGUUGCUCUUAUGGCACAACCACUCAUGAGCAGCACCUGUUGGGGGGCUGUUGUAGCUGCUGCUUGAACAGAUACUGUAUCUACUCCAGGUCCUGCUGCAUGUCUGAGGGCUCGAGUCCUCAACGACAUCUAUAACAAUAGGAUAGCACGGUGCCUUAGAUCGAGAUUUAGUAUUUUUAUUGUAUCACUGUUAACUAAGAAAGCUUGUCCUUACCUCGGCCUCGACAAUCAGUCUACCCAACCAGGGCAACUUUGUGAAUAUGAAUAUGAAAUUUCUCUGGAAGAUUUACAAACUUAACAACACCCUGUCAACAAAUAAAAUUUGUAUUGUAAAUAUAUCUAAAGUGUACUGAGAUGAUACAAACUGUUAAACAAUAAAGUCUUGCA